AUGGUCGUUGCUAAUGUUGUUAACAACAAUGAGAGAGAUCACUAUAGUGAUAAACCACCAAUAUUUGAUGGAAAUAAUAUAGCAAGAAGUUCUAUGACAGAUCAACAAAAGAAAGAUUUCAAAAAUCAUCAUAAGGACAAAACUAUAUUCCUAAAUAUUAUCUCUUAUACUGAGUAUGAGAAGAUAACAAAUAGCGGUUCUGCGAAAUCCAUAUUUGACUCUCUGAGGCUGAAUCUUGAGGGAAAUGCUCAACUGGAAAAUGAUCUUAAUAGUAUUUGUCUUGAAGAACUUAUUGGUUCUUUGAAAAGCCAUGAGAUUGAACUCGAGGAAGAUGAACCUCAAAAGCGAGGUAAAUCUGUUGCGCUAAAGUCCAAGCCUGAGAAGAUAAGAGCAUAUCAAGAUGAGGAAGAACGAGAAGGUUAUGAUGAAGAAUCGGAUGAUGAUGAUGAUGAUGAUCAAUUUUCUUUGAUUUCUAAGAGGGUCAACGGAUUCUGGAAACACGAGCAUAAUGGGCAAGGGAUAUUCAAAGGAGCUAGAAUGACUAUUGGUUGUUAUGAUUCUUCGUCUGGACAGAAGAAGCAAGGUUUUGGAUAA